AUGCAAAAUAGCUAUAGUUUAUCUGAUCAAAAUCCAUAAAUAGUGUUUGUUUGUGGUGGUCCUGGUAGCGGAAAAAAGACAUAAUGUGAAAGACUUGUUCGCGAUUAUCACUUUUAUCACAUAUCUAUAGAUGAUUUAGUCCGUGAUGAAAUCAAAAAAGAAACUCCAGAAGGAUUAAGAUUUAAAGAAUCAGCAGCUAAAGGAGGUUAAGUUCUCGAUGAUUUAGUAGUAAAUUUAAUAUUAAUGCAGAUAAAAUCCAAAAAGUCAUUGAAAUAUUUAAUUGAUGGAUUUCCUCAAGGAAUAAACUAAGCUUUAAUAUAUGAGCGAAAAUUUAAAGAAAUUGAAUUUAUAUUAAAUUUAUAAGUAUCUGAUGAAAUUCUUAAAGAACGUCUUUUAUCUAGAGGAUAAGCAAGCAGCCUUGCAGAUGAUAAUGAGUUAGCAAUAAUGAACCAAAUAAAUACUUUUCAUGGAAUUACAUAACCAGUGUUAGAUUUUUAUGAGAAUUUAGGGAAGGUAUGUACAAUAGAUGGAAGUAAAGAAAUAGAUGAAGUAUUCAAAAAAAUAGAAGAGAUGAUAAAACCAAAUAUAAUAUUCAUGUACGGUCCUCCUUGUAUAGGUAAAAGUGAAAUAAGUCGAAGUUUAAGCGAUAAAACUAAAUAUAUGUAUAUAAAUAUGAGUAGUUUUAAAAAGCAACAUGGAAAUUUCAAAAGUGAUAACGAAUUAGUCAAUAAAUUAAUGAAUUAUUUAGAAAAUGCGCCAUAAAAGAAUUUUAUAAUUGACGAUUUUUUUGAAGAAAAAGAAAAUGUGGAAAUAUUUUUGUUGCAUUUUUGUAAACCAUGGAAGGUUUUUCAUUUUGAUUUUCAAAAAUAUUUUGUAAAUUAGAGAAUAGUUUAGUUUUCAAAAAAGGAAAAAGAAAGACUUGAAAAAAUAGCUGAUUAUGAAAAAUAUAUUUAAAAUAAAAGUUCUAUCUUAUCUUUAAUACAAAAGCAAGACUUCUUUUUUUAAAUUAAUAACUUUGUUUCUGUUUCUGAUUUAUAAAAAUCAAUUCUACUUUAAAUUAAGCCUUUAGUACUUUAUUCUAAUGCAAAUGAUAUUGGCUUAUAAGAAAAAUACAUAUAAUUAUUGUAAAAAGAAAGAUAUUUUAUAAAUAUUGAUGUAGAUAAAUAAAUAUCACUCGAAAUUUCAAGAGGGACUGUUUUAGGAAAUAAAAUGAAAGCCUUCGAAUAGACUGGAUAGGAAAUUCCAUGGAGAUAAUAAUCAGAAAUGAUACAGAAAAUUUUAUUUAUGAACCCUACCCAAUAAAGAAAAUUUAUAAUAAGUAAUUUAAAAGAAAAAAAUGUUGAAAAUUUACAAAAAGAAUUUAACUUUUCUUUUGAUUUUUAUGUUAAUUUCACAUAAGGAGAUUAAAAUAAUAAUAAUGAUAACUAAGUUUAUUUUAAAAAAAUAAAUCCUCUUUUAGAUUUUUAUUCUAAAGGAAAAUACAUCGAAAUUAUCGAGCCAAAACUUGAAAUUUUAGAUUUUUAUAUAAAUACAAGACCAUUUUAUGGAUUUGUCUUAGGCCCUCAAGGCUGCGGAAAGACAACAAUAAGCAAAUAUAUAGCAAAUUAAUAUAAUUACUAACUUAUUGAUUGGGAGCAAACUAUUGAAAUGUUAAAAGUAAAGCUAGGAGGCGAAGAAGGGCCUUUAGAAGAAAUAUCCUAUGUAUAAUUAGAAAAAUACUUCUACGAAAAAAUGCAAAAAGAAAAAGAUAAUGGGCGUUUUUUAUUUGACGGAUGGCAUUAAUAAUAUUCUUUUGCAAACUUCUAAGCUUUUUUGAAUAAAAUGGGUUUGCCUCCUACUUUUUUAGUCUUUUUCUAAACUGAGAAAGAAGCAUUUACCUAAAAAUAUAAAGUUAAAAACGAAAUAGCAGAACUUCAGGAAGAAGACAUUGCAAAAAUAGAUGAAAUACUUAAUAAUUGGUCUCAAUACGAAAAUAUGAUUCUUUAAAUUUCCCAAUAAAAAUUCGGAAUGGAGCUGAUAAUUUUAAAGGGAAAAACAAUAACCGAAACCCAAAAAGAAAUAAAAAAAAAUAGUUUCUUUUCCAAAAAAUUAAUCCUAGUAAAUAAUUAUAUACACCCAUCAUUUAAUGAAAAAUCUCUAUUUUUAAAAACCAUGCUCUUAAAUUUCUGUUUUAGUAAAAAAAUAGCAUUUAUUGACAUUAUAGAUCUUUAAAAAAUACACUAUAACUUAAAAAUAGACACUAAAAUACACGAAAGAACCCACUAAGAAUACUAAAUGAGAAAUACUUCUUUAAAUCCAGAAUUUCCUUCCAAUUAUACCCCAAAACUGAUAAUUGAAGUCGUUUAAAAUUAUCUUAAAAAACUCUAAAAAUCUCCUCCUUAAAUUCUUAUUUAUGGAUAUCCUUCAGGAGAUACUCCUUUGGAAAGGUCAUAAAAUGAACUUAUGUACCCAAGAGCAAGCGAUGAGAUUUUUUUAGUCGAAAAAGAAUUAGGAGCGAUUCGAAUGCUUUGUGUUUUGACCGAUAAAUAAGUACAUUGGUAGAUCUAAGAUUAAGAAUGGGAACUCUAAGUGCCUGAAAAAGAAUAAAAAAACCAAAAAGACGACGAAAAGAAAGAUGAUGGGGAAGAAAUAGAAUAAAAAUAGGAAGAUGAUGGAGAAAAUAACGUUAAAAAAUUCAAUAUUUAUGAUUAUUAAUGGACUAAAAGUGAUGGUAUUCCGAAAACAGUACCUUAAUGGUUUAAUAAAAUAAAAAAAACAAUCAAAAAGCAUGUUUCUUUAUUAGAAUAAGAAGAACCCUAUAUAAAUGGAUUUAAUAAAUUAACUGAAUUUUUGAACGUUAUUAAUGAUGAAAAUAAUCCAUUAAAUUAAAAAGAUUAAGAUUAUAAUAAAUGUAAUAUUUUUGUUCAGUUCAGAUAUGAAAAUGUUGAAGAAGAAACAGAAAAAGAACCUGAAAGAAUUCCUUUCAAAUUUAUUGAACCUGUAAAAGAAUAAUAAUAAGUAAUUUAAGAUGCUCCUUAAGAUAUAAACGAAGAUAAUAAUGAUGCUUAAGAAAAUGUUCCUUUCCCUGAAAACAUGUAAGAAGAAUAGGAAUAAGAAAAUGAAUGA